AUGUCUGAUUACAAGCCAACCGAGCAUGACGGACUCCGUAAGGAUGGCCAGCCUGACAAGCGUGUCGGCACAGGCGAGUUUGCCGGAGGCAAAGUUGACCCGGUAGAAGCUGGCAAGAAGGGCGGCCACACGAGCGGCGGCAGCGGCGAGAGCGAGGACAGCGGAAGCAGCGGAGAGAGCAAGGGCCAGUUCGCUGGUGGAAAGGUUGAUCCGGUUGAGGCUGGCAAAAAGGGAGGCAAUUCUUGA